AUCACCAUAGGAAGCACCCAUAUCAAGCAGAGAAUAUUUUACCACGAGCAUGAGUGAAAAAGGCCAACUACGGGAGGAUUUCUUCAACAUUUCCUACACGUCACGUUUUCUCCUUUCCGUAGGCGAAAAUACGGUGGCAAGAUACCUUAUGAUAUAUGAUUUCUCCCAAUGACAGCCUGAGCUCAGAUGCAGGCUCCUCCCUAGAAGAUAGAAGUUUCAUCAGUUUCCCGGGCUGCCUGCUUCCACAAACCGUCCUAAGACCGUCCCGUCACUACGAAGGGAAAAAUACGCAAGAGGCCUAAGCAAUGUUGUUAUCCAGAACUCGUGGUGUAUGGAAGAGUUUUUGUUUGUUUAGUGUUUUCUGGAGUGUGUUCUUGAGUGCCAAUGGGAAGACGAAAAAGACAGAUGAGACCGCGUCGAUGAACGCUCUCCACCGAGGAAGAUGCGCGGCUAGGUGCCUCAGCCUGCAAAGCGUAGAGACGCUCUCCAAACACUCCCAGGUAGAGAACAACGGAUCCCUGGGCUGGUGUCAGAGCCAUAAACAGUGUGCCAAGUGCCUGGAACCCUGCAAGGCCCCCUGGGACAUGAAGCGACACCGGUGCCGCGAGCUCUGUGAGCGCUCAUUCCCCAGGAAGCACUGGGAGUGCCUGACUAGUUGCGACUUCCUGUGCUCGUUAGAGGCCACCAAGCAGGGUGACUGCCCCGCCCCGGAGAGAGCCAGUGGCUUUGCAGCGGCGUGCGUAGAAGGGUGCGAGGAGGACGCAGAGUGCCCCGCCCAGAAGAAGUGCUGCCCGAACGGUUGUGGUCACACCUGCCAGCUGCCCAAGAACCAAUACAAAGGAGCCCCUAUGAAGCCCAGAAAGGAGAUGGGUUUUGAGGAGCUGAGUUCUGGGAAGAUGGCGGUGCAUUGGUCCUCCCGAUUCAACGUGUCGGCCGAGCCGGUCGUCUACGUUCUCCAGAGGAGGUGGAACUAUGGGAUCCAACCCAGCGAGGAUGCCGCCACACAGUGGGACGUGGUCGCACAGACCACGGAGGUGAGAGCACAGCUGGCUGAUGUCCGCGCCGGUCGGUGGUACCAGUUCAGGGUCGCGGCGGUGAACGUCCAUGGGACCCGGGGUUUCACCACACCCAGUCGCCACAUUCACACCAGGAGAGACCCCUCCUGCCCACCUGCGCCGUCUGACCUGAGGGUUUCCAACAUGACCUUUGACCCUGCGGGCGGAGCGGUGUCAGUGCGGCUGGGCUGGUCCAUCCCAUCGGACCUGGAUGUUCCUGUGCAUCACUACAAGGUGUCCUGGUUCAGGGUCACGGGCAGCUCAGGGGCCACAGUGCGACCUAAGACCAAGAGCAGGAAGAUGGUCAAUGGGGGGCAGAGCUAUGUGGACCUCGACGGUCUGCGGGCAAACCAGAGCUACACCCUGGAGAUACAGGCCGUAUCGUACUGGGGACAGGCGCCGCUGAAGAGUCCCAAGGCCGCCCUGAUGUUUUCCACACAGCCGCGUGAGGAUCGUGUGACUGGUACCCACCCAGUCCCCUCCCCCGAGGGCCCCAUCCCUGACCUCCUGGACGUGGGCACGCCGUUCUACCAGGACCGCCAACUGCAGGUCCGGGUGUACUGGCAGAGAAGCACCGAUCCUGCUGUGAUUCGGUACCGGGUCCAGUGGGUUCCAGAGUACUGUGGACACAAUCAGACCAAAGGAGUGGACAAGAUCAUCACUCAGGAGGGCUUUGCCAGCCUCCCCGGUCUGCUGUUCUCCUGUAAGUACAGGGUGAACCUCCAGCCACUGGGCACCAGGGGGCGGUUCCCGGCAGAAACCACCUUCUUCUUCACCCCCUCCUGUGCCACCAUCAGAGCCAAGAGUCCCAAACACAUCACAUGUCCCGGUCAAGAAGGCACUCCUCCGCCUCCCCCGAAGGUGCUGGCCAGAGUGGAGAACCUGAGCGCCUCCUUUGCGGUCCACAAGGGAAACGUCACAGCUGUGUUCACGUGGGACGUGUCCACGCCACGCCCAGCCCAGCAGCUCCAAGGCUUCCAGGUCACAUGGGCAGAAGUGACCUCUGCCGGUCGCCAUAGUAAACUUCCCAACAGCCUCAUCUCACAGUCUCAGAUACUGCCACCUGAGCGUAAUGUCCUGGUUGUGUCGGGUCUGGGGCCAGCCACCCUCUACCGACUAGAUGUCCAGGGGAUUGGACCAGGAGGAGAGGGUCCUGCCGUCACCAAGACCUUCACCACGCCAAAUGCCUCGCCAGUCCAUCUGCGUCGACCCAGACUGAGGAAGCAUCAUUCGCACCAACCGAUUAUAGAGAGGCAUGGAGAGAGCAGCUAACUGCACCUGACCACCUGGACUUAGAACACUGGAGAACAGUCACCAAUCAGAUCGCAGAAGGGUUCCCCUCAUGAAAGACACCUGGCACCGCUCAUAUCCCUCCUAAUGUCUGUGUCACGUCAGAGCUCCUAUUCAGUUUCUAGAGGGGCAGGUCAAAAUAAACCCACUUUUUUUUUUUAGACCUCAAUAGGGUUAAUUUGUGUCCAUUGUGGAAUUUUCUAAACCCUACUUUUUAGGAUGUAUACUACCAAAUAGAGACAUUGUGCCAUCAAAUAACCGGGAUAACAGGUCACUUAACUCUUUGGAAUUGUGCAUGUGGAAAUGAAGAGAUCGAUAUGAUAAGAGACCCUGGCUUUUGCAUGUUUAGUCGCAUGACAUCGGUAUUACACCCCUCACACGUCAACCAAUAGACAAUGACUUGUCACUGUUAAAUCGCUGUAUUGUUUUCUGUUUUGAUUGGCCGAAGAUGUGGUUUUGACUGUCAUGUUCUGUAAAUGCUGUAUAUACAGUUAGUCUAUAAUUUAUUAUUGAUCCUUGCAGUGGAUGAAAUGUAGCCCUAUGUGUUCCUUUACUAGGCUGUCUUUGUGAACCUUUGUAUGUUUAUUUUUUUUGCCCAUUCACACUUUUCUAAACUGACAUACCCUGUAUAGAGAUUACUUUAAAGUAAACAUUGAUUCCGUGUCAAAAUAGUGUCCUGUCUGUGUAGAUUUUAAACGGUUCUUAAGGUCUGUGGCUAAAGACCCAACCACGUCGUCUCGUUGAGUUUCCACUGACAUGGCAGUUAGUUUUAGUGUCACUUCAAUAGGUUAGCUACGGAAACACGGGCCUCUCUGGGAUGUGUGGAAAUAGAAACGCACGCAAACAGAACACACACUGUCUAAGUGUUCUGUAGCCUUGAUGUUUGGGUCACUGGUGAUUCCAGUUCAACCCACCCAGCAGGAUCUCUGUUUUGGCUCUUUUUUUUAACGCAGUGAAGGUCGUUUACCUUUGAAUUUCAUUUCAUCCUGUGAGGGAAAUGUCGGUUCGCCCAUUGAAGAAAGUCAUCCAUAUGAUACUGUAAGCGAAGGUAUGAUUUACCAAUGUCAGCUUACGGUGUAAAACACUUGCGGAAACAGUCGAAUGAUCUUGUACUUCAAGUCCAUUUAGUUAAAGGAACAAAUGCCCUCAUGGAGAACAUAAGCACCUCUAUCCAGCUUCAUCCUGGUUCAAGGUUUAUGACUGUUGACUGGUCCCUCUAGUGCACCAAACACAUUUACAACCUUGCCUAUAAAGAGAGAAAGGAGGUAUACAGAGGGAGAGAUGGAGAGAAAGAAGGAAGCACGGAACAAAAAAAAGGUUGAGGGCAACAUAUACUGUAUAUCUACUGAAAAUGUGUUUUCACAUAUGUAUUUAUAAUACUUGGCGCCAAGCAACUUACUUCAGUUGGUAUGUUUUCAAUGGUCAUUACCUGAUCUGAACUUUUAUUGUCAUUGCAAAAGAUCUUGUGAAUGAGGAAAUAUACCACUAAGGUAUGUGAAGCUUUUAUAGCCCAAAUACUAGUAAUGUGUUAAAGGAUGCUUUCUGCAGUUAAUGUAUAAUUUCAGAGAGGUGCUCAUGAGAAAAUGUGUCCCUGUUUUCUGUCUACUUCUGCAGUGGUUUCCUGUGUACUAUUGGAGAGUUUUCCUGUGUACUACUGCAGUGGUUUCAUGUGUACUACUGCAGUGGUUUCCUGUGUACUACUACAGUGGUUUCCUGUUUACUACUGCAGUGGUUUCCUGUGUGCUACAUCAAUGGUUUCCUGUGUGCUAAAUCUGUGGUUUACUGUGUACUACUGCAGUGGUUUCCUAUGCACUCUUGCAGUGGUUUCCUGUGUACUACUACAGUGGUUUCCUAUGCACCGCUGCAGUGGUUUCCUGUGUACUAUUGGAGAGUUUUCCUGUAUACUACUGCAGUGGUUUCAUGUGUACUACUGCAGUGGUUUCCUGUGUACUACUACAGUAGUUUCCUGUUUACUACUGCAGUGGUUUCCUGUGUGCUACAUCACUGGUUUCCUGUGUGCUAAAUCUGUGGUUUACUGUGUACUACUGCAGUGGUUUCCUAUGCACUCUUGCAGUGGUUUCCUGUGUACUACUACAGUGGUUUCCUAUGCACUGCUGCAGUGGUUUCCUGUGUACCAAAAAAAUUAUAAUAUGCAAUUUGACAAUGCACUGUCCAAUAAUAAUAUGCCUGUAUCUAAUGCUUUCUUGAAUACAACUCUAAAUUUAA